AUGGCUUUGGCGAUCCCAGAUGCUUUCAGGAACACAGUACACAAGCUGUGCCGCUGGCACAUUAUGAAGAAGUACAAGGAACACCUCGCAUACCUGUACAACCUCCACGAAGACUUUAAGGAUGAAUUCACAUCAAUCCUCAACUGGCCCCUCAUGCCAAUUGAGUUUGAGGCUGCCUGGAAAGGACUCAUGGAUAAGUACAACCUCCAUGAUGAUGCCACGAUGGUGGCAAUGUGGAACGAGCAUGAGAGAUGGAUAUCAGCUUACUUCAAAGAAAUUUUCUGUGCCAAAAUGACGUCCACACAACAAAGUGAGAGCAUGAACUAUGUGCUCAAGAAGAACUUCGUAAGUGAGAGACAAAACCUCCACCGGUUUGUCAGCCAGAAGGAACAAAACACGCUGACCUUCUAUGGGUUUGACACUCAGAUGGCAAAGCUUUACUCACGAGCUGUGUACAGUGAGAUCAGAAAAAUGCUAAAACUGAGGACCCUCUUCACGGUGACAGAGACGGAAGAGCCCACAAAGUACCUCGUGCGCUACAAUAAACCGCAAAAACUAUUUGCGUGGUUUCAGCACGCCUUCCAGGUGGUUGCAGACUCUGUGGGAGAAAUAUAUGGCUGCGAGUGCAAGCUAUGGGACCACACAGGUAUUUUCUGCCUGCAUGUCAUGUGCAUGAUGCAGACAAUUAAGGCUGCCAGCGUUCCAGAGAAAUACAUCCUUAGGAGAUACACCAAACGCCCGAACAUCCAGCCAACAUUCAACAGAAAUGACUUGAGGACAGUAGCGUCAAACAAGGCCUCCCAAUAUUGCAUUGAAAGCGCACUGCUGCAGCUGAACAUGAGGGUGCACAGAAAAGCUUGA